AUGCCAUCAACAUCCCACCUCCCUCUAUUUGGCGGACCCAGAGCCUGGUCCCAAGACGACUGGGUCGCCUCCGACGACCGAGUCCGCGGCGGCGCCUCCCAAUCCGAGCUAACCUGCUCCGCAUCCUCCCUGGUCGCCAAAUUCCACGGAACCCUCGACAUCACAGCCCUCGGCGGAGCAGGCUUUGCUUCGCAGCGCACGAGAGGCGACGAUCGCAAGUGGGAUCUUUCACGAUACGACGGCAUCGAGCUCGUCAUUGACAGUUCCGACGGCAAGAAGUACACUCUGACGCUUAAGGAUGAGAUUCUGCCCAAACGGCCGGAUGGUCGUGAGCAGAGCACGGUGAGUUGGGAAUAUGAUUUCCGCACGCGGGGUCGUCAGACGAUCUUUGUGAAGUGGAGUGAUUUCCGGGCGACAUAUCGUGGGAGGGAGAAGGAGGAUGCGGAGCCGUUGGAUUUGAAGAAUAUCAAGAGGUUCAGUAUAAUGAUUAGAAGUUUCUUCGGGGGUCAGGAAGGAGCGUUCUCUCUAAAUAUCGUUUCCAUUGCUGCGUUGCGGACGGAGCGAUACCUGGAUGAACCUGAAAAUGAGUCCAUUGACGAGGUUCUGUACGAGAAGUCCAAGGAGGAGGACACACCAAACAGUCCCCGUGAAAGACGUCAGGGAUGGUUAGGCUGGUUGACAUCCUGUCUUCUCUGA